AUGGGUUCGGGCGCUAUCAUAGUUUACGAUUUGAGGAACGACAUGACUUGGCGCAUCGAAAGCCCCCUUUUUCAACACCAGCAAAUUGCAAGUGUCUACAAAAUAGGGGGUGUCGAGUUCUUCUGGAACGAUGGAGUAUCUUCCGUCGCCCUGUCGCAGAAGAAACGUGAAGGGUACCGGGAUCUAUAUUGUCAUUCGACCUCGAGUACAAAGCUGUUGAGAAUUUCAACAAAAUUGCUGCGAAACCCGUAUGUUAAUCCAGAGGAGAUACGUAACGGAAUAAAAAUCGUAGGCGAACAAGGAUCUCAGUCUACAGCGUGCGACUACGAUGCUGGCACCAACGUGUUGUUCUUUACGCAGUUAAGUAAAAAUGGCGUCGGGUGUUGGAAUCUGGACCGAAAGUUCACUGAGGAGAACACCCCACUACUCGUCAGCGACUGCAAUGUCCUUGAGUACCCUAACGACAUCAAGGUGGACCCCGACGGCAAUGUAUGGAUUUUGAGCGACCGACAGUCGCGUUUCCUAUAUGACCAGAUGAACUUUGAGCAGACGAACUUCCGCGUCUUGACCGCUCGAGCGUCGACACUUAUUAGUGGAUCACGCUGCCAUAUGACGCCGCUUGAAAAGGCUAUAAGUUAUAUAAAAUCGCCGAAAUCCGCCUAA